UCAGUGAAUGUAUUAUUUGACAAGUAUAAAAGACACUUUAGACACUGUGUAAAUCAUUCCAAAACAUUCCUCACAAUCAAAAACAUGUUCACUAAAGUUUUCGGAUUUGUUCUCUUGGCUGCGUACGUCCAAGCCCAAGGACACCACCACGGACACGCCAAUUCGUACAUCUCCUACACUCAAGGACACUCCGAAGGUUUAAGUUCCGGACUUGGUAGUUUCGGAGGAUCUUCCGGUUUAACUCUAAGCCACGCCGCUCCGGUUCUUGUACACAGUGCCCCAAGCCAUCACGAAGAGCACCACUACGCCCACCCUAAAUACCAGUUCAAAUACGGAGUUGAAGACAAACAUACUGGCGAUAUCAAGUCGCAUGAAGAGACCAGAGAUGGGGACGUAGUCAAGGGUUCCUACUCCCUCCAUGAACCCGAUGGUACCAUCUUAGUGGUUCACUACACUGCCUCCAAGAAGACUGGGUUCAAUGCUGUGGUUCAAAGGCAAGGACAUGCCGCCCACCCACAACACUCUCACCACUAAAUGAAGACUUCUGAUGCCAUAAUUUGACAAUAUUAUUUAGUUUUGUAAUGAAAUGAGAUUUAUUUUUCUAAUAAAAUGCUAAAAAAUA